AUGAUCUCUGGAACUUCCGAUUCUACUGUGGGUCCUUCGGUAAUGGCUCAAUUAUAUAAAUAUUAUGUGACUGAUGGUCAAUUUAUUCCAAGUACAAAUGUUGUAUUUAAAAACAAUUUAAACUCUGCACAUACAUUUCCCACUGAUUUUGAUAGUAGUGGUAAUAAUGGCUGCGGAUCUACCAGUAGUCCUUAUAUAAGUAAUUGUGCCUUCGAUGGAGCAGGUGCUAUACUCCAACAUAUUUAUGGACCUUUGAAACCACGAAAUAAUGGAGCAUUAAGUGGAAAAUUUAUUGAAUUUAAUCAAGAAGAAUUUAUAACUAAUGCAAGAAGUAAUGGAAUGAGCACUACAGGAUGGGUUUAUGUACCUAAAAGCUGUUCUGAUGGAGAUACUUGUAAAUUACAUAUUGCCUACCAUGGUUGUCUACAAGGCUACGAAAAAAUUGGUGACAAGUACGUUAAAAAUACAGGAUUUAAUCGUUGGGCUGAUACCAAUAAUAUCAUAGUUUUAUAUCCACAAGCAGUGGCCACAAAUACAAUAAACAUGGGUGGUGGAGCCUCAAUUCCAAACCCGAACGGAUGUUGGGACUGGGUUGGAUGGUAUGGAAAUGAUUUUAGUGUUAAAAGUGGUAAACAAUCGACCGCUGCGAAAAAAAUGAUUGAUCGUAUAACGAAUGGUUUCAAUCCAAUUGAUGCACCGACGGAACUCCAGGUUCUUGCUACUACAGACAAUUCAGUUACUCUUGGAUGGAGACCAGUUUCAGGUGCAACUGGUUAUAAUCUUUAUAGAAAUGGUGGUAAAGUUAACGGUGCAAUAAUAACUGGAACAACAAUUACGGAUAAUAAUUUAAACUCAGGUACAACAUAUACGUACACCGUCAAGGCUGUUUCAUCAGCAGGUUCUGAAAGUGCACCUUCAAAUUCAGUAACUGGUAAAACAACGGGUAUACCACCAGCUGUAGAAACGCCGAAUGGUUUAAUAGCUAUAGAUAUAACCAGUAAUUCUAUCACUUUGAAAUGGAAUGCCGUUUCAGGUGUAACAGCAUAUAAUAUUUAUCGUAAUGGGAAUAAGUUGACCAGUGUUACCCUCACAUCAUAUACUGAUACAGAUGUGCGUCCAGCAACUGAUUAUCAAUAUCAAGUUUCAUCGAUAAAAGACUCAUCUGAAAGCGAAAAAUCUAUUGAAGUUCAAGCUACAACACUCACUGAAAAGGUGUGUGUCAGUGAUAAUAAUUUUAAUCAUGUAACUGCAGGAAGAGCUUAUCACAGUGGUGGCUAUGCAUUGGCUAAUGGUUCAAAACAAAAUAUGGGGCUUUAUAAUAUUUUUCAAAGGACAAAUUUAUGCAAAAUAAGAGAAAACUACUAUGUAAUCGAGUAG